AUGGCAGGCAGAAAUAAAUGUCAGAGUUGCAAUGGAAAUGCGACUUUAAAGGAUUCGUUACAAUGUAAAUUAUGUAGUUCAGUGACUAUGCAUUGGAAAUGUAGUGGAGUAACUGAACCAACAACAAAAGAACUCCUGCAGGCUGUUAAUUUUGUCUGGAUAUGUAAAAACUGCCUUGAACAUAUUGACAUGUUUAGAUGGAAUAAACAACUAAGUGAGUUGACAGAGGAGAUAAGAAAGUUGCAAGAAAGCAACGUCUCACUCAGUAAUCAGGUAAAGAUUGUUCAAAACAAACUUGACAGCAGAGAUGAUAACGAAAGUAUUGAUGACAGGAUUGUGGUGCUGCAGGAAAAUCUUAAAAAAUCUUAUGCAGAUACUCUAAAAGAUGUUGUGACUACAAAUGUUGUGAAGUUAAAUGAUGAGGUGAUAAACGACUGUUUCCAAGCGUUAAAAAAGGAGAUGAUCGAGACGAAGGAAGCAGUCAGCGUUGAGUUCAAAAAUGUGCAGAAGACACUGGUCGAGGCAUCUGAGGUUAAAGAGAAAGAAAGAAAUAUUAUGUUGUUCCGACUAAGUUUGACUGCGCAUGCUGAUGAUUUGGCACUGUUGAUUAAUGGUUUUCAAUUAUAUGUUAAUAUCCCUCAAAUUGUUGCUUUAAGUGAAACAUGGCUAAAUGAUGACACUAACUAUGGCCCUAUACUAUCGUAUUUUCCAUGCCACAGUCUAGUUGCGAAAAAUAGGGUGGGUAAAAGGGGUGGGGGUACUGGUUUUUUAAUUGAUAAAAACUUAGCGUACGAAAAUUUAAAUUGUAAUUUUUCUCUCAGUUCCGACCUGUUUGAAUGGGUCGGAAUUAAAUUUGCCUCUGACAAUAAAAAAAAUAUAAUCAUUUGUAUUUAUAGGCCACCAAAUUAUAAAUUGGAUAAUUUCUUAUCUAAAAUGCAGGAAUUUUUAUAUGAACUUUUAAAAGACGAUGUCAGUAGUGAUGUUUUUAUACUUGGGGAUUUUAACAUUGAUUUGGCUGUAAAAAACCAGGCAUCAUUAUCGUUUUUAAAUCUUAUGGCUCAAUUUAAUUUGCAUCCAAUUAUCAACCAACCGACUAGAAUAACAUCAAGCCAUUCGUCAACGAUCGAUAAUGUUUUUACUAAUUAUGGCAUCGGCGGCUGCCCUAAAGGAAUUCUAUACAGCGAUGUUUCUGACCAUUUAUCUAUUUUUCUUUGCAUACCAUUGAAUGCUAAGGCUGUCGGUGGCAAAAACCCUUACAUUAAAACCCGUUUGAUUAAUUCUGAGAACCUAAAAAAAGCAAAUUGUUUAUUACAGAAUAUCCAGUGGAACGUGUCUGAUUACGGGUCCGAUUUUGAAUCAAAUUUUAAGAAAUUCCUAAAGACUUAUUUAAACUGCAUCAAUCUAGCUUUGCCAUCGGUGAAUAAAAAAAAUCGCUUCCGAAGGCCAUGGAUGAAUAUCGAUCUUUAUAAUCUUUCCUUGUAUAAAAAUGUUCUUUACAAAAGGCAUCUACACAAUCCAUCCCCUGCAAAUAAAAAUGCAUAUAAUAAGGUUAAAAAUAAAUUUAUAAAUGUCAAAAGAUUCACGGAAAAAAAUAUUUUGAAAAUAAAUUAA